GGAGUUAUCUGGCAUUUAGCAGGCUGUCAUAUAACUAACAGAAAGAUGGUGCCGUUUGAAAGGAAACCUGCUCUUCUUCAUGAAAAAUAGAAGCAGUACAUCAGACCUUGCUGAGGUAAUAGUCCUGUAACGAUGUGACAUUGUGGAGUGCAGAGAUAACAGGAGUGCAGCAUUCAUUAUCAAAUUUGAGAGUGGCGAGCCAGAGAUUUAUCUUGAAGCUAUCUCAAAGCCAGACUGUGAAGACUGGACUGCAGCACUCUGCGAGGCAAACUGUGAAGGCUUGCAAAGGAGAAUUGCACACCUCCAGUAUUUCAUUAUGGAAAUCAAAGCGAAUACAAGCUCAGAUGGAUCCAACCAAAUUCUCCCUCUACCAGAGAUACCAUCUCCACUGAUAAGUAAUGACAAAACUCCUUUUGAACCAAAGCUGGAAUUCAGUCUUGCAUGCAAGGAACUAGUGGCAACAAUUCGUGAUCGGAAACCAAAUUCUUUUGUGCAGAUCACUGUCAUAAAUCCUACACGACAGAAUCUGACCAAAUACUCUAAUACUGAAACAGUGGAGGGAACAAGAGAUCCAGUGUUUUUGACUGGUGCUGCUUUCCCACCGGGCUAUCCCAUUUAUGAGGAAACACUGGUGAAGUUAACUGUCUACGAUGUCAAGGAGAAAUCCCAAGAAACCCGAAGCUUCCUGGGCUCUGCUACAUUUGCUGUAGGUGAUCUGCUGAAAUCAGAUGAGCAAACGUUAACCAUUAACCUAAGCCCUCUAGAUGGUUCCAGCAAAGUGGGGACCAUAGUGGUCAGCAACCUUAAAAUGAGAGAGAAUGAAAAUGAAGAAACAGACCAAACCCCUGGUGAGGUUUCGAGGCCAAAGCCAACUUCAUUUUGUGGCAAUCUGUUGCACAGAACCAUUAAAGACCCAGAAAAUUCCUCACUUCUUGAUUCAGUCUUUAAAAAUAUCAUAUGGAAAGUCUACAGAUUGCCCACAGCUAAUGGUAGGUGGCUAUGUGUGAGGGAACAGAUGGCUGAAACAACACUGUCUUUCCUCAUCCCUAAACAAAUGAUCGCACUGUUCAUCCAGGAAGAUAUGAGAAGGUUGCAGGAUCUGGAAGAGCUGGGGGAGCUUUCCGCUCACUGGGACACACUGCGACAAAAUGUAACCAUCCAUUACCAGCACAUGAUUAGCAGCUACAAAGAAAUGCUUACGGAACUCAAUAAAUUCUCAGGGUCAUCAUUUAAACCAAGCUGCAGCAGAGGAGAGAAGAAGCUUGAAUUUAUUCCAGUUAAUCUGCAUUUACAAAGAAUGCAUGUUCAGAGUAGUUCUUCCAAAACUGAUGCCAUCUAUGAUGUUGUUACCAUUGGAGCUCCAGCAGCCCAUAUUCGGGGGUUUCGAAAUGGAGGCCUUCGUAGGCAACUAUACAGAUUUGAGGGAGAAAAAAGGAAUUCAGCAUACCAGUAUAUCUACUACUCACCUGAAGACACGACCAAAGCAAAAGAAGUGAUAACCAACAUUUAUAAACUUCAACCACUCAUAUUGAGCAACACAGAGCUUCUGCUAACUGCAACAAGGCAACACUCCAGUGACAAUCUCAAAGAUUCAUUGAAAACUCUCAGUGAAAUAACUGAACAGUUUAUACAUGCUUUUGAAGACCAGUUGCUGAGAAGUGCCCUGUUAGCUUUACAUAAGGCUCGUCCAAGCUACAUCAACAAAAGACACCCCAAUCCUAUCCAUAAUCCAGAUGGCAGCGAACAACAGUAUGAAAGCAGUGAACGCAGGUCCAGCAAAGAUUCAAUACCUCAUCAUGCUGAAUAUGACGAAGAAGAUUGGGACAGAGUUUGGGUGAACGUGGGGAAAAGUUUGAACUGCAUUAUUGCAAUGGUGGACCGACUGCUUGAACAAGUUGACACAGGACAAGAAUGUGAGAUUGAACCUUCAGCAGUUAAUCAAAUCACCUCUUUAGCAUCUGAUGACUGGUAUGAACAGCUGUACCCUCUGGUAGUUACUUUAAAGGACUGUGUAAAGGAAGUGAUUGACAGAGCAAAGAAGGCCAUGGUAUUUGUUGUUCUUCAAGAUUAUGGUUCCAAUAUAUCUCAGGCCCUGGCGUUGCAUCAGAGGAGAGAUGUUGUCUUCAGCCAAGCACUUGCCGGUCUCGUCUGUGGUUUUGUGAUCAAGCUGCACACGUGUUUACGUGACCAGGACUUCCUAUUGCAGCUUCACACUGUGGGUUUGCUUGUACAGUUUGAAGGACUUCUCAGCACAUACAGUGAAGAGAUUGGAAUGCUAGAGGACAUGUCAGUUGCAAUCGUAGAUUUACAGAAAGUGGCAUUCAAAGUUGUUGAAGCACAGUUGGAAGAGAAUGCUAGUACCAAUCUUUAUCCUGUUGUGACUGGAAUCAGAGAUUUUUACACAGUGGAGAUUCAGCUUCCCAGUAAGUUGUUUGAAGUUCUGCCGCAAGAGAUUAAAGAUGGAAAGCUGCUACGUGUGUACCCAGUAUUUUUUAAUAUUGGAAUAAAUGAACAACAGACUCUGGCAGAGAGGUUUGGGGAUAUUUCUCUGCAGGAAAUUAUCAAUCAAGAGAAUUUUAAAUUACUCAAUAAAUAUUAUAAAACAUUUCAAGAAAAACUAAUAUCAAAUUGUCAGCCUCGAUUUCAAACUCAGAUUGAUAUAAAAGAACUACUUCAAAGCCUUAGCCAAAACAUCCAAGUUCGGAAAAGAAAAAAUGUGGAAGUCCUAAAACUUGCUGCAUUGAUUUGCCGAAGGUUAAACGGAAUACGCUUCACAAGUUGUAAAAGUGCCAAAGACAGGACAUCCAUGUCAGUCACAUUGGAACAAUGUGUGGUUCUUCAAGAAGAACAUAGUCUACACCCGGACUAUUUUGCCAGAGCAUUGGACUGCAUGAGGAGCAGUUAUGCCAAGGGAGCAAUGAAUGACACCGAUGACCCUGAGGCAGUCUCUGAUAACAGACCAACUUCAAGCCACUUCUAUCCUGUCGCCUUGCUGCUUGUCAGUUCACACUUGUUGGUAGUGUGGCUGAUUUUAAGUCUUGCUUUACUCUUGGCCAAAUAUCAAUAAAAUGCACUUGUUUACUAUAUCAUUUUGUAACUAACAAUGUACUCAUGUAGAUAUAUAUGACUUGGUUUGUAACAGAACUGACAUGUUUGUAAGUCUUAAGUAAUUGUACUCCUUUUGUUUGGGAAACUGUCUGAACAACUUACUUUAUCUCAAUGUCUUUGUGUCAAUAAUUUUGUUGCUUAUUUUGUAUCAGUUUGUUGCUUCUAGCUCGAGUUAUGUAUUGUACUACUAUUAAGAUUUACUUUCAAGUGUUUGCCAUAAAAUCCUGGUCUGUUAUUCUAAACGGGUGACUACAGUAAUUGUAAAAAAUAUUUGUUUUCUUAAAAUAGCAAAAUAUUCUAAAAACAAGUGAAUGUAUAAAAUCAUGCCAUAUUUUUGGUCAGAAAUCUAUUGGGGGUAGUCCUAAAUUUAAAAAAAAGUUCAUUGAAUCUGAAAAUCAUUGUAAAUAAUUUAUAUAUUUGAUUUGAUGUACAUGAAAAGAGAUGCAAGGUCUGUUUUAUCUAUGAAAUUUAAUGAGCUUUAAAUAUUAUGGCGCCAUUCCAGAAAGUGCAAUAUGAGCACAUACUUAAUGUGUUUCCUUUGUUUGCCUGAUUUCUAUUCAUACUGAAAAGACACUUAAAAUCAUGAGAUAUGCAUGAUUUUUUUGAAAUUAACCCCUGACCUCACUAAGCUAAUGUUAAUGAUCAGAUGACCAAUGAGUGUAAGCAGGAAAUCAUACAUCAGGAAGCUGGAUUUGGCUCGUAGACGUUUUUUAAUUCCAAAAAUAUAUCGUAUUCAUAUAAAUAUCUCUAUAUACAUACAUAGUCUCUGCAGUACAGGUAGACAGUCCCUGGCCAGAUGAGGGAUGAGGGCGAAAGUGGGGCUGAUCAGAACCAAUGGUGGUUGCAGGAGUGAGAAAAGAAGUUUAGGAUAGGGGCUAUUAAAGGAUAUUUUCAUGACUUUACCAGGUCUGAAUGCUUUUUAAAUUUAUUUGGACUCAAUCAAGUUGACAAAGCCUCUGCUUGCCCCACAUGACCUUGACACUGCCAGAAAGCUGCAGUUAAGUAACAUUGAUGCAAAUACCUUGGGAACAUUACAUAUCAGGAGAAGUUAGCUAUGCAAAAUUGUGGUUUUUAACCUGUUUCAAAAUAGUUUAGUCAUACAUGUUAGAAUAAUGUAGUUAGUUCUCCAACUACGUUAUGGCCUACAUUUUCCAAUGGCCGGAUAGCCACUAUGCAAAAAUAGAUAGGGACCCUGGAGAAUCCCCUUGUUACACAUUCCGAAGGAAUUGCCUGGAAGUUGAAUUAUUUGCUGGGCAAUCCCCCUAUAAGUGGGAUCCACCAAAUGUCUCCUUCCAAAUUGGAGACUUUGGAUUGUUUUGAUUAAAUUAAAUAAAGUAUUUACUCAGCAAAAUUUAGGCUAUGAAAUACAUUGUUUAACUCCUGAAUGACUACUAAAUUAAUCCCACACUUACCUAUUGACUCGGAGAUGACAUGCUUCCCAUUUCCUGUCUGCUGAACCCAGCUCCUGCCCUUCUUACCAGACCAAAACUGGCAUCUCACUCCCCACCCCACAGUGGAUCUGACCUGACUUAGUCCAACCCCUGCUGGACCAGACCACACCAGCCCAGACCCGAGACACGACAAUCCAAACUCCCAUCCCCAAAACCACCAGCAGCACCACUACCAUUUGUGGACCCAAACCCACAGCCCCAGACUUAACAUCCACCCCUCCUGUCAUGACAUUCUAAUUUCUCCCGUACAACCUGCUGUACCCUUGGUAUGGCAUCAUUUGCCUUGCCACUUUGCAGCCUACAUUGUUCACACUUGGCGUCCUGUCCUCUACUCAGGUAGCAAGUUACAUGGUUAGUAGCCUACUUUAUCUGGCAUCCUGCCCUCCUUUCACUUUACUUACCUGACACCCUACCUCUAUUCCCAUCCAGCACCCUACCCUAGUUCCCUAUUCCCCCCACCCUACUGCUAGCACCCUACUCAGCUGGCAUUACUAACCUAUCAUAGUACCCUGUACACAUCUGGCUUCUUACCCCAGCACCAUAUUAUCCUUUCCAGCUGGCACCCCACUUACAUGGCACCCUAUUCCAAAAAAACAUCUGUCACCCUAUUCUCCCAGCACCUGUCAGAACCUUUAAAUUUCAGCUUAUAGCAGCUGACUGCUCGGAAAAGGUACCUCUGAUUGGAAUAUCAUUUCAGAAUUGUGAAGCUAUCUCCCUUCAUUAAAAAAAAAGGACCAGUGUGGCAAUCUGCGUGAAAUUACCUCUUCUUGGCAAAUCUAACCCUUUAUGCCCAUGUUUUUCAAUGCUGCAAUGUACAGCAUCACUAUUUAGGCUGCUGUUAUACCAGGAAACAGGCUCUUGUUCAGUACAAUUUAUAAUUCAUGUGAUUUAUUGGGCAAUUUUGCUAUUCAUGCCUGGUACAAUUGCAGUGAGCCUUGCAAAUUACGUUUGAUGAUACCAUGAGUGAAACGCAAUGAGUUCAGAAUCAGCAUGACCAUGGAAAUGUCACAGAGAUAAACCAUAAUUUCAUUCCAUUCACAUCGUAAGCCCACCUGAAAACCUGUCAGAUUUUCUGUUUUCUAUCUGUUGACCUGGGCACAUCUGAGGUAAUGCAUUUUGGGAAGUCAAAUGCAAGAGGAAAGUGUGCAAUAAAUUAGAUUUAGAUUUAUUAUCACCUGUAUAAAAAUACCAUAAAUUUUUUUGCAUGUUCUACACAAAAUGCAGCCACACUCUGGCUCCAUAGAAUCAUACAGCAUGGAGAUAGACCCUUCGGUCCAACCAGUCCAUGCUGAACAUAGUCCCAAACUAAACUAGUUCCACCUGCCUGCUCCGGGCCCAUAUUGCUCCAAACCUUUCCUAUUCACAUACUUAUCCAGAUGUCUUUUAAACAUUGUAAUUGCAUUCACCACUUCCUCAGAAAGUUCAUUCCACAUGUACACCACCCUCUGUGUAAAAAAUUGCCUCUUAUGUUUUCUUUAAAUCUCUCAACUUAAAAAUGUGCCCCCUUGUCUUGAUAUCCCCCAUCCUAGGGAAAAGACAACUACCAUUAACUCUAUCUAUACCCCUCAUUAUUUUAUAAACUUCUCUCAGGAUGCCUUUCAACCUCCUACGCUGCAGUGAAGAAAUUCUCAGUCUAUCCAGCCUUUCUCUGUAACUCAAACCUUCCGUACCCGGCAACAUCCAUACCCUCUUCAGUUUGAUAAUCUCCUUCCUAUAACUACAUGAACAGAACUAGACAGCCUCUUCCAGAAGAGGCCUCACCAAUGUCCUAUGCAACUUCAACAUAACUUCCCAACUCCUGUACUCAAAGGACUGACCAGUAAAGGCAAAUAGGCCAAAUGACUUUUUAACCACUCUGUCCAUGUGCUGCAAACUUCAAAGAAUUAUGUACCUGCCCCCCUAGGUCUCUCUGUUCGACAACACUACCCAAGGCCCUACCAGCCAAGUUGAAGCACUGAACGUAAUGCAAGAUUUUACUGCAGUCAAGUUCAUUGUUCUCUGUUUCUUGUUCCUCCUCUGCUGCUCCUUCAAUCUCUGUUUGACCUUGGCUGGAAUUUGUGAAAUAGGCUCUUGGGCCUCUACCACCAUCAUAAUCUUGAUUGCUGUGUCUGAGCUUGAGCUAUGGGCCUGGGGAUGUGCAGAUUCUGUCUCUUCUGUUCCCCUUCCAACACUCCUGCCAGCCAUUGGCUGUCGGGGUCCUCUGCCAUCCUUUUUCCUGAUGCUUCUGCUCCUUCAGGUGCCCAGGCCUAGCCUCAGACCUGAAGCCUUGCCUCAGCCUGCAAGUCUGGGCUGAAGUAGUCACCCAGACCUGCUCUUUGCUCGCCAGGCUGAGAUGGAGCAUAUCCGGCUUGUCCUGGCAAUGUUGCCGCUGUUGUGGAGGUGGCCAAGCCCUGGGCUCAACCCUGCUCUGCCGCCAUCUUGGAGUAAUGAGACGCCCUUUAGGAGCUUCAAUAUACAGGGGGGUCUUGUGGUGCAAGUCUGUAGCUCCCUGAAAGUGGCAAUACAAGUGGAUAAGGUGAUAAAGAAGGCAUAUGGCAUGCUUGCCUUCAUCGAUCAAGUCAUUGAGAGAAUGCAAAAGAGAUUUACCAGGAUGUUGCUUGGAUUGCAGGGUAUUAGGUAUAAGGAGAGAUUUGCCAAACUUGGUUUAUUUUCACUUGAGUGUCAGAGGCUGAGGGGCAACCUGAUAGAUGUGCAUAAAAUUAUGAAAGGCAUGGAUAGGGUUGAUAGUCGAGUCUCUUUCCCAGGGUAGAAAUGUCAGUUACCGAGGACUAGGUUUAAGGUGAGAGGGGAAAGUUUUUUUACAGAGGGUGGUAUGUGCCUGGAAUGCGCUGCCAGGGGAGGUGGUAAAAAUAGACACGUUAGCAAUGUUUAAGAGGCAUUUAGACAGACGCAUGGACUGAAUCAAAGGAUAUGGACUGUGUGCAGGCAGGCAGAUGGGAAUAGUUUAGAAUGGCACCAUGGUCAGUUCAGAAAUGGUGGACUGAAGGGCUUGUUUCUGUGCUAUACUGUUCUAGGUUCUCUUGCUCUCAGGAGUAUUUCCAGCAUCUACCACAGAGCACUUACACAUACCUGACACAGACAUGCUAAAUAUCCAUAGAGUAGGUUGGUGCUUGAGGCAGAAAGUCUACAUCAUAGUGUUUGAGUAACAUAAAUGUGCACCAUUGAUUUUUGUUGGUUUGAUUUGCAAAACAAAGCACUAUGAUUGUUUGUGCUUAUGAAAAUUUUCUUUAGGAGACUAAAUUAUGUAAUGAAAAGUUCCAAUUCAAUGAACAAUUGAUUAUUUUGGUCUGCUCUACAGAUUGACUUGUGUAAGAUGUAUCAUCACUUGUGUUAAAUAAAUGUAGAUGAUUACCUAGUUAUUUUUACUUAUUGAAAAUGUU